GUGACCAGGGCGAUGGUCGAAAAGGUUCAUAAUUUAAAUAAUUGAUUCGUAUCUCGUUCGUUCUCUUGCCUACCGACCUACCUACCUAGCUAGCACACCACCCGCCACCACCUAGGUCCCCUCUCUGUCUUCUCUCUCUCCCUCUCUCUCUCGCUCGCUAGACCCAGACACUCUAGAUUCGUUUCGUUCCUUUCCCUCGCUUUCCGUUAUCCGUUGUCCGUUUCUUUUCCCACAGGAAUUCCCAUGCCCACCCAGGACCGUUACCACUGCCAUUCAUCAUGACCGUGGAAUGAAUCAUCGCAUCCAUCACUCUUCUUCUUCUUCUUCUUCUUCUUCUUCUUCUUCUUCGUUCCGAUCCCGACGCUCGUUCAGCCUAAACACGCUUCACACUGCCGUACCCCAUACAUCCAUCGUCUGUCGUCUGUCGUCUUCUCUCGACCACCCCCAAAAAGCAUCCGUCGCACCAUUCAUUCGCUCGCUACCCCCAAUCCUGCUCCGGACUGCACGCUUUCCUGUUCUCUUUCUCCUCAUUCGACCCAUCCCAUCACAUCAUACACUGGCCAUCGGGGAACCUGCAUCCUCUGCACUCUUCCCUCAUCCUGGUACACACAUACACACACACACACAUACACAUACACAUACACAUACAUCCCGGGCUAAUCCUUUUUAUCCUUUUUCCCUCCAUUCUCGUGCCAUUCAUUGCGCGUAGCAUCUCACCCAUCGAUCCCCUUUUUCCACACCACACACACACACACACAUUACAUUCGAUCUUAUUUUACACCACAACACACACUCUUUCAACACUAUCACCCAAUACUCGUGAUAUUGAUUUUUAUUCUCACGCCAAAAAAUUAAGGUCGCUACUACUGCUGGGCUGUGGUUAGCUUUCAAAAAUACAAUACCCUAAAUAUCGAACGUUGCGUUGAAUUGAUUCAUCGGCAUUUUACCAUUUGAUUGCUUCAAUCUAUUGAAGUAGAUUCCUUAAUUCAGUCACUGCAGCUGAAACAUCACUUCGACCACCAGCCAACCUAUCCUACAAACCUCUUCGAUCUUUGUCUUACUUUUCUCCUCGAUUUUUUUCCAUCCUCGAUUUCCAUUUCGUUCGAUUGAAUCGAAUGCCCUUAUUUGCGACGAUAAUACCUGUGUCGACAAUAAUAAUUCCUUUCAACCACAACAACUACACCCUUCUCUCCAUCGUGUAGAUCUCCCUUCUACCCAACAACACAGUGACUUCCCCCUCACGACGCAAGAUGAACCAAUCGGAUUAUAAAGGUCGGAGGACAGCGGGAAUGCGUGGAAUGAGUAUGGACAAUAUUCUAGGAGAUCCAUUCGCGCUGGCGACCAUCUCAAUUGCUAUGCUUGCAUGGUUUAUUGCUUUCAUUGGAUCGAUAUUAGCGACUGCAUCGCACGCAUCUAAUGACGGGUUUCCAAAUUAUUCAUGGUUUACGAUUGCAUAUAUGAUGUGUUGCAUUCUAGGUAUAUUUGUCGUGAUAGCUUCGGAUACAACUCAAACCUAUCAUGUUGCUAUCGUGGGAUUCUUGGCGACCGGUCUUGUGUUAACAAGUUCCUCGGUCAACUCGUUAAUUUAUUCUUCAAACGGUGCAAAAGAAGCUGCCGCUGCUGGACAUAUCCUGCUCUCGAUGGUUGCGAUUAUUUGGAUGUUCUACUUUGGAUCAACACCUUCAGCGGUACCUCGAGCAUACCUUGACUCGUUUGCACUUCACAAAGACCAUAGAGUAUCAUCAGGAAGAGGAAUGUCGACUGCUUAUGGAAAUGGAUAUGGAAUCGGUCGACCGGACACUUCAAUCUCUUCAAACGUUCCACCACAAAUGUAUACAUCAGCGCAAUUGGGUGGUUUCGAAACAUCUUCGCCGGUAGCAGGAUUCCCAGGAGGUGCCGCAGGAGCCGAGCGCAACUCAUCACAACCAAGAUUUGGAGCCAGCAAUCUUGGACCAAAUGGUGGAAUGGGUGCAGAGCCUACACCAGGAGAAAUCAUCCAACCCACAGAAUAUCCAUACCGAGCGAAGGCCAUUUACUCUUACGAUGCCAACCCAGAUGAUGCAAACGAGAUUAGUUUUGCCAAGCACGAAAUAUUAGAAGUCUCAGACGUAAGCGGGAGAUGGUGGCAAGCCAAGAAAGAAAAUGGAGAUACAGGAAUAGCGCCUUCGAAUUACCUAAUUUUGUUAUAAGGAUGAAUCAGGUUCUUGGAGAUGUUAUGGUGAAAAUACCAAUAUGCAACAGCACACCUUCGUUGAUAGGAUUGGGAAUUGGGAAUAUAUCAAAGCUGCGGGGAUGGGAUUAGUUUCUUUUUUCCAAAGAUAUAUGGAAUCACUGGAGUGCCAUUAUGGGGUUCAAAGGUUUUGGUUUGGAGUUUAUGUAAUAAAGUCAAUGUGUUACGAUUGGGAACUUUUUUUCUUUCUUUUUUUUAUAUCUCAUUUUACUUUUCAUUCUUUUCUGCCUUUCUUACUUCUAGCUUUUGCUUCUCUUUUUUUUUCGUUUGCCUUUUGGGUUUUUGAUUUACACUGCCCUUUGAGUUAAUCAAAAAUGCUAGGUGAACUAUGCAAAUGCGAUGGGCUUUGGAGUUGGGGAAUAAAUACACUGCCCGGCUAAUUUGUGAUUACCUACAAAGCUGAGUGAAUCAGAAAGGGAGGGAGCAGAUUGAGAGAAUGGAGUUGAUUAUUAGGGGGGUGGAUUUGGUUGAUGGAUGAGUGAUUUUGACUGGGCUAUCUGACAAAAUUUGUUCAGACCUGUCUUCUGGUCCCUGACUCACGGCUCUCUUACUGAUAAUUGGGAAUUGAGAAUGUGGAGGAGCAAAAUUGUAUGACGCGUACAGAUAAUGAUGCGGACAUUGAGAUGCUAGGUCAGACUGGAUUGGGGUGAGGAUUGAGGGGGUUGAAUGGGAGGACCAAGUGGAUGAUUUGGGAAGUGUGGGUGAGGACUUGAUUAUAAGAUAAGAUAAAUAAGGUACAAGGUAGAAAUGGAAUACAAAUGGUAAAGAAAUGCAAAUGAAGUUUUUGUUCA